AUGAUGAAAAGGGAGGACACCGCCUCCUUCACUCCCGAUAACUUCUCGCCGCCUGAUGCCCCGCCGGGCUUCCUGCCCCAGCCGCCCCGAAAUUCCGCCGCCGCUGAUGUUGAUACUACAGGAGACCAGAACCCUGGAGAUUAUAGAAAGAAGUCUGUUUCCCCUGAAUGGUACUGGCCUCGCCGUACCUCGAGGAAACGAUCGCGGCCGGAUUUCUACAAGCCGCCGCCUGCACGAACGCCACAGCCGGCGGAGGGUCCGCGCCGCAGAGGCCGCCCGCCGAAAGCUCGAUUGGUGUCUCCGCUUCCACUCAAAGAAACAGAACCAAGAAAUCCAAAUCAGGCUUCGCCAAACCCAUCUCAAAAGCUACAAGAGCAUGUUUUGUGCUUUAGUAAUAAAUCUUCCCAGACCAGUAAGGAGCUAUCAAGCUCAGAUGCAGACAGACAACUGAUUGAACCAUCACAUCUUUACAAAUUCGGACGAGAAAAUAACUUGAAUUGGAAAACCUCUGAUAUCGUUGUUAGUGAAAAGCAAGCUGGAGAAGCCACCGAUAUAUCUAAUUUUCAAAAUCGCAAUUUCGACCCGAAAAUCUUACAUGUUGCAAAUGCUCUAGAUCACAUGCCUGGAUGGACCGAAUGCCAAUCUACUGUCAAUCACUCGAAAGUGGAUCUUGCGCCCGUGUGGGAUGCGGAGAACAUGAAAGUGAACGUUCAGUGGCUGCACGAACGACUCGAUGAAAUUAUGGUCGCUGUUAAAUUAACCGAUGAGGAGAAAGUUCUGGUGGAUGAAAAGAAAGAACGUCUUGUGAAUCUUGAUAUAAAGAAGGAAGAGCUCGAACUGCGUAAAGGUCAACUGGAGAGGCUUAGGUCCGAUAUUGAUGAUCUUGAAGCUCAUGUGGCUCGAGAGGUUGUUAUGGUAGAAGAGUUGAAUCGAAAAAUCGGUGCACGGCAAUCGAGAUGUUCGGAGUUUCAGCAUGCGUACUUGAUGGAUGGGCUCGUUUAG